ACUUCCGGUUCAAAUGAUUAGUUAGAUUCUUUACCUUCCAACGUGGCUAUUUCAGUUAAUUAGGGUUAUUUCUACAUAUUUCAUAUACCGGCGCCUAUUAACUCUUUACAGGACAGAGUCUAUAUUAAGAAAUGGAAGUAGACUCUGCUCCUGCCCCACCAGGCACUUUAUACAAGCUGUAUAAAACAGUUUCAAAUCGCCAUCAAUACUACCUUGACAAGGCAACACCCCAUCUUUUACCAAGGUGGAUUUUUGCUGUAGUUUUAGUUAUUGCAUACUUCCUUAGAGUAUUCUUUUUACAAGGCUGGUAUAUAAUUACAUAUGCAUUAGGUAUCUAUUUGCUGAAUUUGUUUAUUGCCUUUCUUACACCAAAAAUUGAUCCUGCUGGAUUUGAAGAUUCAGAUGGAGAUGAUGGCCCAUCACUGCCUACAAAAAAUAGUGAAGAGUUUAGGCCAUUUAUGAGGCGGCUUCCUGAAUUUAAAUUUUGGUAUUCUUUUACUAAAGCAAUUGUUGUGGCCAUGAUCUGCACAUUUUUUGAUGCAUUGAACAUCCCAGUCUUCUGGCCAAUUCUGGUCAUGUAUUUUAUCAUUCUCUUUACACUUACCAUGAAGAGGCAAAUCAAGCACAUGAUCAGGUCACCACAGUGUGUGACAUCUAGUGAUUAAUGCCCAGCUGGUUGCAUCUGUUAAAAACACCAUCACACUAUUUUUCUGGCAACUCAAAAUGUUUACAAUGGACCUAAAAAUAAAAAAGAACUUGUCUAAAUAAGCUAAAUAUAUUUU